UUCACAAAGAAAAUGAUAUUCCCGAAUACAAUGAUGCCUUCAGCGAUAAUGAUGCUUCAAGUAAUAAUAACUCUUCAAGUAAUAAUGAUACCCCCACUGAUAAUAACACCUCUACUGACAAUGAUGCCCCUACUGAUACUCCCA